UUCCCGCUAGUCCGCGGGAAAAAGGAAAAUCCGAUUACACCGGUGUGAUAAAAUGUUUCAACUCUGCUGCAGGACGUGCCUGGAGCAAAGGAACCAUACCGAGGUGGUUUCAGUGUUCAGCAUGCACGAUGGAUUCGUAAUACGGGAUAAACUGCGUGAGCUGUUUGAUCUCGAGAUCAGCCAAACAGACAUGCUGACUACCAUCUGCAAGUCAUGCCUGACGAAGGUGUCCACCGCUCAGAGCAUACGGGUCUGGUUUAGCAAACAAAACCUCAAGUACCAGCAACUCAUAUGCAGUUCCGUAAGCGAUCCACAAGCUGACACGAACGCAUCGAAUGCAAAUUCCAUGCCUGUGGAAGAAUCUUCGCCAAUGGUUGAGAGUACAACGCACGAGCAAGAGAGUAUCUGCGCCGACGCUGGUGCCGUAGAGGAGGAUGAACAGUAUCUCAUAGUAUCGGCAGAGGACGAAACAAUUAGGUGUACUGAGGAAGCAGUGGUAUACGAAUGUAACGCGCAGGAUGAUAUUAGUGGAGAUUCGGUGAUGCAGCAAACAACCGAGUUUGAGGUGCAGCUGAUCGUCAAUGGUUCCCCGAACGAGCAACCGUACUUCGAGAUUAUCCAGCUAGAAGAAGAACCAACCAUCGUGUCUAAGGAAAUCGAGAAAAAUCGCCGCUUUUCCUCCAUCGAUAGCGACAACUUGCUGGGCGUGGACGGCAGGACGGGCGAAUCGUUUGACGAGGCACAAUCGGAGGAAGAGCUUGAUGAAGAAGAAGCUGCUACCUCGGACGGGAUAGUAGCUCAGAAUCGGCGCAAGGCUGAUGCCCGACCAGAUGAGCACGAAUGUUAUCUGUGCGGUAUGCGGUUUGACCUGGAGGGCCCGUUGAUUGACCAUGGUAUCGAGACGCACGGCGAUCGGUUCGAGUUGAUCCAGUGCGAAAUUUGCAGCAUACAGUUCGCAUCGCAGCAAUCCUACCGAGGGCACCGAUGUGACGUCGAAGGGAAGUUUCAGUGUAGAUACUGCGAGAAAGUGUUGACAACACGCAACGCGUGGAAGAGCCAUCAAAAUACGCACUCGCGGGAGAAGAGCUUUCAGUGUGACCUUUGCGAUCGCAAGUUUAGCCAGUAUUCCAGCAUGCGCCGCCAUCGGCAAGUACACAGCGACUAUAAGGGUUACGAGUGUGAGUUUUGUCACACAAAGUUUCGACAGCGAGGCGUUUUGCUGGCCCACCGUCGACGACACACCGGCGAGAAGCCGUACGCAUGUGAUGUAUGCGGCAAUACCUUCCGCGAACAUAGUGCGUUAGCUAGGCACAAAGCAUUACACAAUCGGGAUCAUCGUGGUAAGGGUAAGACCUAGCGUGUAAUCGUAAGUAAUGUAUUCUAAAUGUAAUGUAACGUAGUAAUGCUAAGCUGUGUUGUGGCCAGUGAUUUGCCUCAACUAAUGAUCGAAUUGAAAGCCAAGAAUCUAACAUUAAAUACACUGUAUAUAAAUAUGUAUUAAUUAUACAAUUAUUGAUCGUUGGGACUGAUCAUAAUCGCCAAGAAAGCAAUAGAUGGUCGUGAAGAAAAGUCCAUCAUGUGAAGAAAAGAUUGAUAAAAAUAAUACGCUUUUUUAUGUCA